AUGUCGGAGGAAGUAAAAAUGUGGGCUCAAGCCGAGCAGACCACCUUUGAUCCGCUCAUGGGAUCUGGCUUCGCGGUCAGGAAUCUCAAACUCCCCGCAGACUUUAUCUGGGGUGCGGCUACAGCAGCCUACCAGGUCGAAGGGGCUGCUAGCCAAGAUGGCAUGGGCAAGUCCAUCUGGGAUACAUACUCCCAUUCUGUCCCCUCGCGCACCUGUGGCGCGAACGCGGACGUGACGUGCGACCACUACAAUCGCAUCGAUGAAGACGUCAAACUCAUGAAGUCUCUUGGCAUAGAGACAUAUCGUUUCUCGAUUGCCUGGUCUCGUGUUAUACCCCUCGGUGGCCGUGAUGAUCCGGUUAAUGAGGCAGGUAUUGCUUUCUAUAACCGCCUCAUUGAUACCCUCCUGGCGCACGGUAUCACCCCUUCCGUCACCCUCUACCACUGGGAUGUGCCUCAGGCCUUGUAUGAUCGGUACCGCGCUUUCAUUAGCACGACCGAGUUUAGGGCGGAUUUCAAGCGAUAUGCGGGCUUGUGCUUUGCCCGCUUCGGUGACCGCGUGAAAUCUUGGGUCACCUUUAACGAACCCUACAUCAUUUCGAUUUUCGGACACCUCAAUGGCAGCCUUGCUCCCGGGCACUGCGCAGAGGCUGGAACCGAUACUAUGAUAGAGCCCUGGCGGGUUGGACACACCAUCAUCCUAUCACAUGCUUCAGUCGUUCAGAUGUACGCCGACGAGUUCCAGCCGUCACAGAAUGGAAAGAUAUCUAUAGUUCUUAACGGUCACUUCUACGAGCCUCACGACGCGACCAAGCAGGCAGAUAUCGAUGCUGCCCAGAUCCGGCUCGAGUUCUAUAUAGGCUGGUUUGGUGACCCAAUCUUUCUGGGUAGGGAUUACCCAUCGUCAAUGAAAGAGUAUCUUGGUACGCGGCUGCCGAGUUUCACAUCAGACGACCUGGAGCUCCUGAAGUCCUCCUGCUUGAAUAAUGCCUUCUAUGGUAUGAAUCACUACUCAAGCAAAUUCGCUCGCCAACUCACGGCCCCCGCACCUGACGAUGACUGGACGAGAAACAUUGAAGAGUCGUCUGUUAAUAUUAAGGGCGAGGAGAUUGGGCCUGCAUCAAGCAUGCCGUGGUUGCGGGUUGCGCCGGGCGGAUUCAGAAAAAUGCUUAACUGGGUUUGGGAACGUUAUCACCUCCCUAUCUUGGUGACAGAGAAUGGCUGCCCGUGCCCUGGAGAAACCGACCUCGAGGUUGCAGUGGAUGAUCAAUUCCGCCAGAUGUACUUUGGUCUAUAUCUAGACUCUAUUUCUCAGGCCAUCUACGAAGACGGUGUCAAAGUUGAGGGCUACUACGCCUGGUCCCUGAUGGAUAACUUUGAAUGGUCCUCUGGCUACGGCCCACGUUAUGGAAUUGUCCAUGUGGAUUUCGACACAUUGAAAAGAACUCCAAAAGGCUCGGCCUACUACCUUCAAGAAACAUUCCAGAAGCGUAGGAAGGACCAGGUGUAA